GGAGGAAACCAACGACCAAGUUGAAGAAAUCUUCAUUACCCACCAUAGUAUUCAUACAUUGGCGUAUACUGUACCUAAUUCACAAUCGACAUAUAUAUAUGUAUAUAAUACAUUUUUAAAUUUCUAGAUUCCUUGAUUAGCAUAUUCUUGUAUUCGUAUAUCUCUAGAUCCCUAACGCGUUUACUUAGUAUAAACAAAAUAAUUCAGGAAUUUUUAUUUAUACUCUGUAGCUCUACACCCUAUCUUGUUUUAUCUAAACACUCCCUUACGUGUUUAUGAAAAUGAACCUGAAUGUAUUGCCGGUAAUCAUCCGGUGAUAGAAUUAUGUUUAUAUCUUAAGGUUAUGCGUUUUAACCAAAUGUUAUAGUGACAGAACUAAAAGUUAUUAUUACAUAUCGUGGUACCCAUAAUGAAUUAUGGAUAAAGAAUUGCGGAAUAAUUAUUAAGUUAAUUCAAUUUUAUUAAAUAAAAGUAAAAAUAUGAAAUUGGUGAAGCCAAACUGGGUUACACAUGAUGGAUACUCAAUAUUUUCUGUGGAUAUACAUCCAGAUGGAAAAAGGUUUGCCACUGGUGGUCAAGGUGGAGAUUCUGGAAGGGUUGUUAUAUGGAAUAUGGAACCAGUAGUUAAUGAAAUUGCAGAAUUAGAUGAAAAUAUUCCAAAGAUGCUAUGUCAGUUAGAUAAUCAUCUUGCAUGCGUCAAUUGUGUUAGAUGGAGUAAUAAUGGAUUAUUAGCAUCAGGUGGUGUAGAUAAAUUAAUUAUGAUUUGGAGAUUAUCUGGAGGAUCAGGUGGCAGUACUUUGUUUGGUGGAAAAUCAAGUGUGGAAACAUGGCGUUGUAUAGCUACAUUACGUUCACAUGAAGCUGAUGUACUUGAUCUUGCAUGGGCACCUCACAGUCCAUGGUUAGCUUCUGCAUCAGUGGAUAACAGUGUAAUUGUAUGGGAUGCUUCCAAAUUUCCAGCUAUUGUCGCUGUUCUAAAAGGUCACACAGGAUUUGUAAAAGGAAUUACUUGGGAUCCAGUAGGAAAAUAUUUAGCCUCUCAGUCUGAUGAUAAAACAUUACGAGUAUGGCGCACUACAGAUUGGACUGAAGCAGCUCUAAUAUCAGAACCAUUUGAUGAAUGUGGUGGAACAACUCACGUUUUAAGACUUUCUUGGAGUCCAGAUGGUCAGUAUUUAGUAUCAGCUCAUGCAAUGAAUGGUGGAGGUCCCACUGCACAAAUAAUUGAAAGAGAUGGAUGGACACAAGAUAAAGAUUUUGUUGGGCAUCGUAAAGCUGUUACAUGUGUAAGAUUUAACGGUAAUAUUUUACAAAAAAAGCAGCCAGGUUCUUCAAAACCACAACAGUAUUGCUGUGUUGCUAUAGGAUCUCGCGAUCGUUCUCUUUCUGUAUGGUUAACAUCGCUAAAACGACCUUUGGUGGUAAUACACGAAUUGUUUACACAUUCAGUCUUAGAUGCUAGUUGGUCACCAUGUGGUCUUAGAUUAGCUGCUUGUUCUUGGGAUGGAUCUGUUGUGCUUAUUGAAUUUACACAGCAGGAAUUAGGUCAACCACUUGAUCCUGCUGAACAAAGUAGUCUUCAUGAACGUUUGUAUGGUAAACCAUUGGUUCAAGGUGGUUGCACUGUAAUGGAAGCACCUGAACUUCUUAAUUUAAAAACAUCAGCACCUCCAACACAACCAAUUCAAAGUCCUUCAAAUACAACUUCUGUUCAGCCACCAACUACUACUUCAACCACUCCUGCUAAAGGUCCUAUCAACAAACAAAUUGAGACAAGGACAUCAGAUGGCAAAAGACGAAUAACUCCAAUGUUUAUACCACCACCGUCUGAUAGAAUAGAUUCAUCAAGUGGUAUACUAGGAACACCAACAUUUACAAGUCAAGUUAAAAGUUCAAUUGUUAUAGAAAAACGAAAUGACGUUGUAGCACCUAACGUUACAACUUCUAUAAAUCCAGCCAACGCAAAUACUUCAGCUUCUACACUUACUUUGAAACGACGGGAACAGUCUACGCCAAGACCACAUCCCACAUCAUUUAAUAAAAAACCAAAAGUCACAUCUGAGAGGAAUACAAAUCAAGUCAUACUUCCUCCUUUAAAACCAUCCAAUUCAUUAUCUCAACAAGCUGGUCACUAUGCAGUAACCGUAACUAAUAAUCAAGGUUUAUCCCAUUUGCAAGUAUUUAAAGGUACAGAUUCUGAACCAACCUGGGAUUUAUAUUUGGGAUACAGUGCUGUUGCUUUAGCAGCAUCACCAGCUGUUAUAGCACUUGGUUUAGAAGAUGGUAGUCUUCAUACAUUUCAUCCUGCAAAAGGGUGUCGACCAGCGCCUCCUUUAGCUCCACCUGCACCACUUGCAAAAGUUCACGCAGUUGGAAAUGCAGUAAUGGUCAUUUCAAGCUGUGGUGCAGUACGUGUUUGGGAAAUAGGAUAUUCAUGCAGAAUGAUAGUUUCAACUUCUGCAGCACAUUUAGCAGUACCUGGCACCUCUCUACUAUCUUGUACUUUAUACAAUGGAAUGCCACAUUUAGCUUUCACUAAUGCUAGGGCGUAUAUGUAUCAUAAAGAAAUGGGUACAUGGCUAUUAAUUGGUGAUAGUCAAGAUCCAAUAUGGCGCUGGGCAUCAUUUAAUGCAUCAUCUGUUACUGGCAACAGAGCUCCCAGAGGUCCACUUUUUUCUUUGCAGGAAGGACUACUUAGAACUGCUGGAAAUACUCUACCUAAUCCCAGAUUACCUCAUAGUGCUCCAAGUGUAGUCUCUUAUUUGGAACAACAAUUACUUGCUUCCAAAGCUCUUGGAAGUACUCAGGAAUAUAUACAUUGGCUUAUGGCCUUGGUAUCAUUUCUAUUAACUCAAGAUGGAUUGGAAAAACGUCUGAGGUUAAUCUUAGAUGAACUUUUGGGUCCAAGUCAUACAUCAGCUUCUAAAAGUAUAUGGGAUCCUUUAAUUUUGGGAAUUAAGAAACAUAAACUUUUGGAAGAUGUAUUGUCUGUUGUUGGUGGACAUCUUCGUUGGCAAAGAUUGUAUCUUGAGUAUACAGAGCAACUAACUGCAUUAAAAAAUCAAAUUAAUUAAAAGUAUCUGAUCGUAACAUAGAUCUGAUAGAACCUAUAGAAUUUUAUAUUAUAACUAAAAUGGUAUCAAAAAUGAUCAAGGUAUGGUUUAGAUUCCGUACUAAAUGUAACACAUAAACGUACUUAGUGCGAAACUAUAAAAGUAAUGAAAGUUUAAUUUAUUUUCGAUAUUUUAUGUACGUUUAUUUAAUUCAUAUACUAUAUUAAUUACUUAAUAAAACAUAUCAGAAGUCAACAAUGAUGUGCAGUUAGAAAAUAAAUGUGUGAAUUUAUAUACAUUUACAACUAAUUUAAGUUCCAGAAAGUACCUAUUAAUUUUUUGAUACCAAUUUAGACCUCAAUCUGUAUUUCCUGUAUAUUUUUAAAAACAAAUAUGUACAGACUUUUUUAUAUCUUGUACAACACGAUAAUUAAAAUAAAUUCAUAAUAAAAAUAAUAUUUUAUAUAAAAUAAA